AGGCGGAGGAGGCAGCUGCCUCCUCCAACUUUUGAGCCAAAAAAAAUUAAAAUUUAAAGUUCAUUAGAAUUUAUGUUGUUUCCAAUAACUAAGAACAUGAUACCUCCCUUAAAAAGCAUUCCAAAUCUUUCUUUUAGAAUGAGUUAGUCAAGUAACAUCUUAGAAGGCCCUAGAAUCAAGGAUUUUGCACGAAACGUGUUCAGUGUGCACAAAAUGGGCGGCCCCCAGACCCCCGCCUAAUUUCCUGCCUCCUCCAAAUUGAAGGUUAAUUUACGGCCCUGACUAUAGAAUAUAACUCAACUGAGUCAAUGAUAUGCCGAUGAGGCUAUGCAUUUGAAAAUCCCGCCAAAGAAAGAAUUUCCCACAGUUCCUUGGAGCGUCGAGGAAGUAAGAUGGCGGAGUGGCCGCGAUCGGACUUGGGUUGAGAAAUCGUCACAAAAGAUAUACAUCACAAAUGGGAACGUCAACGUUAUGACUGUCACUUAGCAAAAACAUUGGUUGAAUCUAAAACAUCAAAAUGUAUGAACAAGCGAAGUCCACCAUGAUCAAUGAUCAGUUGAUCCUUGAGGAGGAUUACGAUGAAAAUUAUCAGCCGAGCGAGGAAGAAAUUUAUGAAUAUGCACAGAUCAUUGGCAUUGAUCCUAAAACAGAGCCACACUUGAUUUACAUAGCUAGGGAGGGAAUCAGUGCCCCACUACCAGACCACUGGAGACCAUGCCAAGAUCCAAAGGGAGACAUUUACUACUUUAAUUUUGCGAGUGGAGAGAGUAUUUGGGAUCAUCCUUGCGAUGAGUUUUACAGGAAGAUGGUCAUGGAGGAGAGGAAGAAACUAGCUGUUAACAGAGGAGGUCCCCCCUCUCGUGGUGGUCCACCAGGACCAGGAGCAGGAAAUAAUGCAGCAGGUGCAAAGAAAGGGAAAGGAGGCAAGGCAGAAGGAGCCAAGAAAAAAGACAAGAAAAACAAAACUGCAGACAAGCUUGGUCCGUUGAAGGCUGAGCAGAGUAAAGGAAUACCAUCGAUGCACAGAAACUCAGGCCUUGACCCUAUGAAGUCUUCAAGUGGCCAGUUAGCUCCCCUUAGGGGUUCUGCUGGAAACAGCCAACCGAAUUCCUCGUCUGUGAAGUCCAGCAUGAACACGACCACGGGUUCUCUGAAGUCCAACAACCCAAAUGUCCUCAGUAAAAGUGGUAAUCUGACCAGCAGCAUGAGUAUUCCUAUCUACUCAACCGAGUACGAAGAGGACGAGAUCGAGCGCCCAAGGAACGAUCUCGAUGCCCAUGAUCUCGCCAUGCUUGGUUAUCAGGAGUCUGAUGAAGGAAGUGACAAAAUGAAGAUAGAAACGGAGUCUGAGGACAGUGAGGACUAUGGCAAAGAUAUUGAUUUUGGAAUUGACAAAAAUCUGUCGGAAAGAAUCAUGGACAUGGCCAUAGAAAACUUGGAUCCUGUCCGGGGCUCGUUGGAAAAGUUGCAGGAUUUUGAGGGCACCAUGUCUGCUAUGUCCACAGCCCGAGUUGAGUCUCCUGGGGGCAAGAUCAGCCCGAUGGACAGGAUGGAGGAAGAACGAAAGCGAAGGGCAGAAAUAGCCGCCAGUGCAGCAGAGAGGAGACUUCUAGGUCUGGACGGCUAUCAUUCCGUUGAGAAGAAAUCUGAUUUCCGGGACGAAGAGAACCAGCUUAGGGCCAGCAAUGACCGGUCGCUGAGAGAGCUUGAAGACAAAUUACUGACAGAGCUAGAGAACAGAAAACUAGAACUCCUGGAGGAGAAAGAUUUCAAACUACGUAAACUUCAGGAAGAGAUCAAAAGGGAGUUGGAAGAUGAGGAGAGAAGGAUAAUGAGAGACAAAGAAGACCAAGUCAAGGAAAUGAACAGUAAGGUGAAGGAGGAGUUAGAUAAACUCCGGACAGAACUCGAAGACAAAAAUAGUCAGCAGAGUAAUAAACUCCAGGCACAGAUUGAUCAGGAACAGCAACAGAAGGAAUCAGAACUUCGACGUCAGAUGGAUUCAGCCCUGGAGAAAUUAAGGAAAGAGGUUGGAUCUUUACAGAGAGAGGAACAGUCCAAGUUAGAGGAAGAGAAAAGAAAAUGUCUGGAGAGACUACAACAGCAGGUGGAAAUGGCCACAGCCAGUGAACAGAAGAGACUGGAGAACCAGAAACAAGAGGCCAUAGAAAGCAUGCAGUCCAAACAGAAGUAUGAGCUGGACAAUAUCAAGGAUGAUCUUGAGAAGAAACAUCGUGACAAGGUGGACAGGCUGAGGACUGAACAGUCGGAGAGACAUGAUGAGGACAUGAGAAGAAUUAAGGAUGAGAUUAAACGUCUCCAGGAACAAGAGAGAGAACAAAAGGAGCAGGAGUUGGAGAUGGCUAGACAGAGGCAGAAGGCCAUUGAUGAUCUGGACAGGGGGUUGGAUGAAGUUUUGUCAGAGAGGCGACAUGAAAUUAAACAGCAGCAGCAGAAGGAGUUGUCACGGUUACAGGACGACCACUCCUCCCGACUACGCAAAAUACGACAGGAGUUCGAAGAAAAGGAAAGUGAUGAGAAAAAACUGCUAGAAGAGAAACUGGAUGUUGAUAAGAGGAAAAUGCAGAAGCAAUAUGAUAAAGAUUCUGAUGACAUUCGACGAAAUUAUGAACGCAAGAAAGAAACUCUGUCGGAACAGCUAGAAGAUGAGGAGGAGGAGUACCAGGACAGACGAGCAGAUUUAGAGAGGAAGAAGAUGCAGGUCGACAAGGAAUUCAAAAACUUGGAUGCGCAGGAAAGAAAAUUAGAAGAAAAGAGGAAGAUGUUCAGAGAUGAUACCUCUCGUUUUGACAGAGAACAAGAUGAGGCAUUUGGCAGUAGGACAACCAAUCUGAGUGCCAAGGAGCUGGAGAGAAUGAAAGAGGAGAGACGUCAAUAUCAGGAGGAAAUCCGACAGGAGCGGGAGGAACUAGAACAACUAAAGGCAGAAAAACGGGCUCUGGAAGGAGAUGUCACUAAACUGAAGAUGAAUAAAGAACAGCUCACUCGCAAACUUAGUGACCUGAAGGACAGAAUUGACAAGAAAGGCAAGGACAUCAAUCAUCUAAACCAGAAAAUCAUUGAGGCUGCAGAGGAGACAAAAUCUAUGGCAGAGGAGAGAAUGCGGACCACCCACACCAUUAGAAGGCCCCCUAACCAUGUCAGACUCGAUAGCAUGGAGGGAGAGGAGGAUCUCAUCAGUGAUAUUCCUGAGAGACACAAGAAGAGGUUCAGCUUUGCUGAGGAUAGAACUGAUGACGAUGAAAUGUCUUCCAUGACAGGAAGAUACUGGCAGGAUCUCCUCACAGAAGAAGACAGCUUUUUUGAGAACGUACCGGCAGAAAGACAAAACUCAGGGGAUGUCAGAGUUCAGAUUGCCAAAGAGAAUGACUCGAUAAUAAUGGCCAAAGAAUUCCUCAGAAAACAGAGGCAGUCACUGAAGAGGAGACAUUCUGCGUUGUUAGCUGCCAGACAGGAACUAACGAAGGACGUCAUCAAACAAAAACAAGGGGGGAAUACAUUUGAUUCAGCCUCUAAUCAGUCCCAGGGGCGUGUGCGAUUUAAUUUAACCCCUGAGGGCCCCCACGUCCUGGAGGAAGUGAAACAGAAACUAGAGAAGGAAUCGUUGGAUAUCGAUCAGAUGGAAUCUCAGGUCAAGACGGGAUCUCGCCUUGUCAAGGAGAAGGAGAGGCGUCUACGACAAAUGAGCAACAGAGUUCAGGCUGAGUCUGGUAGUGAGGAAGAGUAUUCUCCCUUUGAACACCACUGGCGGCCAGCGAAAAUCCCAAACUGUGACCUGUCUGAGGAUGAGAGCAGCGGAGUCAGCAGUACAGACAACAGUCUGGAUAAUGUUCUGAAAGCCCUGCAGAAGCAGAAUGCCAGGAUCCAGAACGGUACGCCUCUGAUGUCCACUCUGCGGUCAGAGGGAGACCCCAUCGCUCAGUCCCUCCAGAGAAUUAAUUCUGAUCUAGCCAAACAUGUCAUAACGAUGAUCGGGAGCAACGGAACCAGCACCUUACAAGGGACCAAUGACAAGCCUGCUAACUACCUCCCAAUCUAUGCCCCCUCGGCCCCAGCCAGUCUUCAGGGGAGCUCAGUCCCGGCCUCUCCCUUACAGGCCUGGACCACCAACCCAUACCUACAAAAUCCUCAACACAAGGUGGAUUAUUCUACCCUUGUCAUGAAUGCAGAACAAUCUCUAGAGAGAAAAUGGAGAAAGUAUUUCGGAGACCGGCGCCCACCUCUCACCAGUGCCGUGCCAGGAACAUUCACUGUAUCCACCGGUCCGGUUCCUGUCAGGGAACAGUUACGCCAGUAUCGAAUCAGUCUCCACCAACAGCUACCAUCAUCCAGCACCACCCAGGACAAACUCUCCGAACAGAAGGAGUGGCUUCGAAAGUUUGGUCAGGAUUUAAAUCUCGGCUCCUCGUUUAUCAAUCCGCCCCGAUCAGAUCAGGGUUCUAUUGACAGCCUCAUUCUGGGCUCCCAUGUCAAUGACACAGAACCUCUGUCCUCCACACCUCAGCGACGAUCCUCCGUCCCAGGAGCCGUUCGUCUGGAACUAGAUGAAAAUGACGAGGUCAGAGUGAGGCACUUCUAGAACUGUCACAAAAUGCACAGAAGAAUUCUGACUGAUCUGUUCACACGGAGGGCCACAGAGUGAUACGCGUGGAUUGAAGAAUGGACACGAAUCAUAGAAAUCUUCCACUAGUAUAGAAAUAUGAAUGAUAUUUUUAUAGAGUGAAAGUAUUUUGUACAGUGUUAGAAUUAGUUUUAGGUUUAUUCAGAGUAGUGAAUAUUGUGCGAGACUUGAAUUUGUUCUGUAUGUAGUGUUUAUGCAUGAGCAGUGUAGAAGAUUGUCUUACACGUGAUAAAGUCAUGGUAUUGAUAUACAAUGGAAGGGCUUCUGUGGUCACAAUGUUGUCAUAGAUUUGCAAACUUCACAGAUUAGUCUUUUAUUAUGUGCACUUCAAAACUGAGAGGCUGUAUGCAUAUGUACUUCAUUGAUGAGAGAUAUACACAUUUGUACUUCAUUACUGAUAGAUAUAUACACAUGUACUUCAUUCAGUUCAUUAGAUGUACACACAUACAUGUACUUCGGUUCAAUACUGAAAGAUGUUCUUCGGUUCAAUACUGAGAGAUGUACACAUGUGCUUUGGUUCAAUACUGAGAGAUGUACAUGUGUGCUUUGGUUCAAUACUGAGAGAUGUACACAUGUACUUUGAUUCAAUACUGAGAGAUGUACACAUGUACUUUGGUUCAAUACUGAGAGAUGUACACAUGUACUUUGGUUCAAUACUGAGAGAUGUACACAUGUAUUUCGGUUCAGUUCUUUAGAUGUACACAUGUACUUUGGUUGAAAUUAAGAAAUGUACUUCAUCACUGAGAGAUGUACACAUGUACCUCAGUACUGAGAUAUAUGUACUCAUGCACAUUGACAUGGAUUUUAUAUUGAUAGUUUAUUCUCUACUGUUAUUUCAUGUUAAAAUAUGAAAGGAAAGAAGGAUAAUUAUUUUGACAUUAUACACUGUUUAUGUUUACAUUACAUGUGUAUGAGGUUUCAAAUGAUACAUUUUAGUUCAUCUGUUUGAGUCAAAAAUGACCUUUGUCACAAAGAUCAUAUCAACGAAUGUUUCUUCCGUCCUGAAAAGUUUACAGAACACCACCUAUAUAUGGACCAUGUAUCUCGAUUAAGGAUCUGUGUUGUAGUGGGAUCUGUGUUGUGACAGGAUCUCUGAUUUGACGGGAUCUGUAUUGUGAUGGGAUCUUCAUCUACUCAUCCAGGAUUUUAUGCAAUGUACAUGUAUUCUCAUCCAUCCAGCAUUACAAAUUUUUAUGCCCCCCCCCCCCCUUUUUUUUUAUGAUGACGAUUCUAUCUGUCAGUUGCUAUACCUCAAUGUAGAAUGAAAAGAGAAUCCGGAUAGUUGUACCCGACACAGACAUUGCAAUAUUGUGGUGUAAAGGGUUGUAAGUGCAGGAGAAUGAUAUUAGUGCUUGUGUCAGGGGUCAUGCAAGGAGGCGAUUUUCUUUGAAAUUGUAUGUUUAUUUCUCUCCCUUUGGGACUUUAUUGUAAAGAGAGUGCUGUUUAUUUAUAACUUUGAACUCUGAGACUCUGUGAUAAAAUGUUGUUAAUUAUCAUGAAAUCUCAUUUGUUAAAACAUUAAACGAAUCAAGAAGA